UUUCGUUUUCAUUCAUUUUUUAACACAUUUGACUUUACUGCUACUUGCCAAUUUCUAAAUUCUAACCAAACACUCUUCAGAAAUAGAUAAAACAUUGUUUAAUAAAUCAUGGAUGACGAUAUGGUAUUUGAUCCAUCUUUAAAGAAGAAAAAGAAGAAGAAAACUGGUUUUGAUAUGGACGCAGCACUCGCAGAACAGGGCGAAAGCGCAAGCAUGGAGGCACCAGUGGAGACAGGUGACGUAGACGUGCCUGAGGACGAUAACCUUGAUUUAGACAAUUUUGGUAAAAAAAAGAAGAAGAAAAAGAAGACCUUCUUUAAUUUGGAAGAGAUUGAGAAUGCAUUGCCCGAAACUCCACCUAUUGAAGAACCAGAACCUCAGGAAGUUGAAGAUAUUGAUGAUCUGGACUUAGAUAUAGAUUUUUCAAAAACGAAAAAAAAGAAGAAGAAGAAAAACAAUUUGGAUGAACAUGUGGUUGAAGAUGAUGUUAAAGGUGAGGAUCAGGAAAAUGUUGAAGAUAUGCAUGGAGACUGGGUCGGUAGCGAUCGUGAUUACACCUAUGAUGAAUUGUUAGAGCGUGUAUUUGACAUCAUGCGUGAAAAGAAUCCAAGUAUGGUGGCUGGUAAAAAGCAAAAGUUUAUUAUGAGGCCUCCCCAAGUAGUACGAAUUGGCACAAAGAAAACAUCCUUUGCUAAUUUUACAGAAAUUUGCAAGACAUUGCAUCGACAACCUAAACAUUUGUUAGACUUUUUAUUGGCUGAGUUGGGUACUAGUGGUUCUGUUGAUGGUAACAGUCAGUUAAUCAUUAAGGGUCGUUUUCAACAAAAACAAAUAGAGAAUGUUCUCCGUCGGUAUAUCAAGGAGUAUGUAACAUGUCAUACAUGUCGUUCACCUGAUACUAUUUUACAGAAGGAUACAAGAUUGUUCUUCUUGCAAUGUGAAACAUGUGGUUCUCGUUGCUCUGUGGCUAGCAUCAAGUCUGGUUUCCAGGCUGUCACUGGUAAACGUGCUGCCAUCCGUGCAAAGACUGCAUAAGUAUUAGUGCAUAGUUGUAAUCUAAUUAUACGUUUGAAGGUCUGGGGUACAUUCAGUUAUAAUUUUAAUAUUGUAUGUUUUGAAAUAAAACUCUGGUCUAAUCAUGUGUGUAAA